UUGUUUUAACAAAGCUGUUUCAGAAACUGCAUUAUAAGCAUUACAUGCAGCCUUAAACAGUAGCAAAGAUUGAAGAAAAUGGGCACAUUUUCCCCCUGGCAGGUCCUUCCAUCAAAAAAGCUUAUUUUUUGAAAGACAGACUAGAAACUUGAGUGCUACGAAAGAUACAUGUGUAACUAGAAAACUUUUUUGACUGUGUUUGUAUUGGAAAUUGGUAUAAUGUGUUUUAAUUUAAUAUAAGAAUGUACAAAUUGUUAUUUGGUUGUGUUCUGUGGAUACAAGUACAAAUAAUGAAACUGUACCUGUCUGUUUUUUUAUGAGAAAAAAAUUGAAUAUGCGAAGGCUAGUGCAAUAAUUUUAAGAAAAACAAGAGAAAUGUAAUUAUGCCUGAACGGAAAAGGAAAAAAAGAAUAAGACUGAGCUUUAUUGGUGGACGUCGUCCAGCACUUCUUGGUUCAGUUAAGACAUCUAUCGAGAAAGGAAAAGAAAAUGAUGUAAAAGUAAAUAUUUCCAAUGUUAACCCUGAAAAAACUGCAACUGUUGUUGAUAAAGUUAUUAAAACCACUGAAUGCAAUGAUACCAAAGUAACUGACAAUGUACAAAUUGCACCAAAAAACAAUAAAGACACUAAAAACCCAAAUGUGACCUUAAAGAAAAAGGCAAAGCAAAAUCUUAGAGAUAAACGUCUUACCUUAGACGAACUAAGGCAACAGACUGAAAAAAUAGAAAAAGGGGGGGAUCAGUCAACUUCUACAAGUCAAAUUGUUUUGGUACAAAAUGAAUUACAAAACUGGAAAGAUUAUCUUCUUCAUUCUGAAGUGAGUAAAGAUAUUCCAGAUGAGCUGGAAGCUAUGCUUUGCUUAAAAGUUGACACAGAAAUUAACAAAAUUCAGUAUUCUUAUGAUGAAUGGCGUACUGAUGCUGUGCAAGUUAAGUUACUUCAUGAAAAGUUACGGUUAACAAAAGAGGUUGUGCAAAAAGAAGUAGAUAAGAUAUCAACAGAAAUGCAAGUUGAUUCAAAUGUUGUUGCACCAGUCACAGAAACCCCAAGGCACUUGAUAAAAAGGAUCUUAAAUCCAAACUAAACAUCCAGCAAUUUUAACUAUGGUUACAUACAGAGUUAAUAAAUAAACAUGUAAUGAUAUUAGAUGAUUUUUUAGCUGCUGUUUAUAAUUUCCUUUGCCUUAAUUUCACUUCAGUUUGUUCUUAUGUAAAUGGUCUCUAAAUUCAACUCACACCUUAUGUGUUUGGUCGUUAUCUUAAUGAUGUUCCAUUUAAUCUAAUGUAUAUAAACAUUUUUAACCUUACCUGCAGUAUUGUUAAUGGAUAUGAUUAAAUAAUUGAUCGAUUAUAUUUGCCUUAACUUUUAUUUUAAUAUUUUGUUUGCAUGUCUUAAAAAGCCUGGAAAAUUAGGUUAUUUUUACAAAUUUAAGAAAAAUCUGGAAAAAUUAGUAAAGGAAUUGAGAAUUCUUUGAAGUUGGUUUUUAUUGUAAUAAUCUGAUCAUGCACUAAAGCAUGAGUUACUUAACAAAUUUGUGUUGCACACAAUGUCUCAUGCAAGAUCAUUAGGACCGUCAGGCUUUUUCAGGAGAGGUUGUGUAAUAGCACACAUCCCCCCACCCCCCCCCCCCCCCCACAAACAAAUUGGUUAAGCUGUGCUAUUGAAAGCACAUGCAAAAUGCUAAUUGUAUAAGAGGUAUGAGUGGUUGACCAAUGCAACACACUAAAAAACAUCUAAAAUGCUCCCUGUGUGCUUUUUGCUGCACACUCGCUAAAAACUUCCUGAAAAAGUCUGGAAAUUACAGGACUGCAUUUUUAAGUAUUUUGUUACUAUUUAAGAUGUUGGAGAAUAUUUUAAAAACAGCAAUUUUUCAAAGUAUAUUGUUAUUUUCGGGUUUGUAUAGGGUUGAAAAAUUGAACUUGGAAUGAUCUAUUUUGCUAAGAAGAUAAUUUACUGGUAGAUUGGAAUGAAAGAUACUUUAAAAGUGUCCCUCAGGCUGUUUUAUUUUUGUAAAAUUCUUUUAGAAUUUUAAAAUCCUUUAAACCCAGAAUUAAUGAAAAAUUUGUUUAAUAUGAGAAGCCAUAGAAUAUAAUUAGGUAUUACUGUAUGUCUAUCAUUCUGAAAAAAUUUUUUUUUGAA